GUCGUUACUGCAGAUUAAGUGUUUAAAUGAAAUGGUGCAUAUUUGUUUGUAAAUAAGAGCUUGUAAACAAUCCUAUUAAACAGCUCUGUUGUAAAGUUCCAUGGUAUAAUGAUGUAAAUGUAAAAUGUAAGAAUUAGACUUUUGCUUUGAGAAUGUUAAAGGCAGUGGCUUAGAAUAUGAUGUGUGUUCAGUUUCAUUAUUCAGAAGCGCUUUCAUCAUUUUCACACACAUGAGAGCAGAGACUUGUUUUCUCCAGACAGCUUGUAAUCUUCCUCUCGCAUUCUUGCUGUGUAUCUAGCCGUGCAGUGCUGACUGAAACAUCCCCUGUGUGUGUGUGUGUGUGUGUGUUCUCUCCAACAAGUCCCCACUCGCUGAUAACGCGCCCAGCGAGGGAGAGGCACACCGACACACACACACACACACACACACACACACACACACACACACACUUCUGCUAGCCGGAGGAAAAAAGCAUACACACACAAGGCAUGAAGAAGGGGCUUCGGGGCGACAUCAAUCUGAGAAGUUUGGACGUGUGACGAAAUUGUGGGAUGCUGAAAUCCAUCCGCGCUGCCCAGAAGAAAGAUGUUCCGGUCUGGAAAAAAAAAAAAAAAAAAAAAAAAAAAAAAAACGCUACAGAAGAAGAAAGAAGGGGGAGGUAGAGAAAAAUUGCAGCAAAGAAAGAAAGUUAAUCGGCGUUGUUUCAUUUUCAGCUUUUAAGAAGACGUUUUCCGCGCUCGUUUCCCUCUCUGAAGGUUUGGAUAAGUGCUCCGACGCUUUUGCGACUUCUUCACACAUUUCUUUUUGUCCCUCAUGUUUGAGGCUUUUCCACUAUUUUUUUGGAGUUCAUUUUCUUUCCAGCAGGAUUGGAAAUAGUGGGAAAGCUCAGAGGAAGCGUGUCCGUGUGCUCAGGUAGACAUUAUUAGUUGGUGUACAGCGUGUUUCUGUCUUACUGGUGAAGCCGAAGCCUUUUCUCUUAGAAAGCUGAGGAGAAAACGACAUUUUUCUGCCUUCCCCGUGUUUGGAGCCAGUUAGCUGUGGCACAGCGGCUGCAGUGUCGCAGAACCACAGCUUAUCUGACCACUGAAGUAGCUUGAAGUUGACUUAAAGGUGUCAUAUACCUGCUAUCAGCAACACGUCUUUGAAACUACGGACUAAGUGGCAGUUAUUAGGAGACUUUUCAGCUGCAACCAGAAAAAAAAAACAAAAACACAAACAGCAGCCUUUUCUGAAUGUGACCGCUACAUUCACCACACUUCAGCCGACAACUACAACGAAAUAACUUUCUUUUUUUUAUGAAGACUAGCGUGCGUUAAAAGCUCGGACAUCAGGUGCUGAGGUAAAGCGUCUUGUUUUAUUACUUGGCAGCUGGCGACGGGAGCGCGAGCAGGGUGGGAAGGCAUCAUUCAGCCGCUAGCAGAUGGAUGUGCAUGCUUCCCUCCUCACAUGCACCAGCAGAUCCGCGACGUGGAAACUUUCAGGCCACAUCAAACAUCUCUUCAAGUCUCAUUAAUCCGAGAUGUAGCCCACAUGCCAUAACGUAUUUUUUUUUUAACUUAUCUUUAUUUUAUCUGAGAUAUUUAUUGUUAGCUGAACAAACAAUACAAAACAGCUUUUGAACUGUUUUUUUUUUUUUGUCUUAAUCCUUGUUUGUUGUCUUUGUCAUUUCAUUUGCUGUAGAUUUAGAAAGACUUGAACAUUGUUUUGUGUUUACACUGUAUUUAUGAUACUGUAUUUAAGCUGUAGUCUUUCAGGUGUCAUUUCAGAAAAAAAAGAAAAGUGUUUAACACUUGUUCAGGCUAUUUAUUAGAAAUUUGACAUCAUGGAGAAAAUUGGUACCAAAUUGAAGCAAAAGUUUAAACUGGCCGAUUCUGGCAGUGUCAAGUUUAGCAAAAAGAAAAAUGAACUCUCCAACACAAAUAACAACAGUAACAGUGUAAGUGGUGCACCGCCAGUUGUGACCCACUUGAGCCCGGCAACAAGCCCGUCACCUGCGAGUACGGUUCAGUUCAGCCUCACCUGCUCACCCUCCAUUGAGGCAUCUUCAGGCGUCAGAUCGGCAAAGGUGGUCAACUCUCAGAGGGUGUCUACCUGUGUUGCCUCCACCACCUCACCAUCUGUACCAGAAGAAUCUGGGCCUUCGCUUGAACACCACCCAGUGACUCUUGCUCCUUUGCGGCGCCGCUCGCCUCAGCAGCGCGUGUCUUGCUACCUGCCUGACACUGUGGAAGGCCGAGGUGCCUGUGAUCAGUCCAGGCGUACCGAUUUGCCCCAAGGUGAGCAUGCCGACCCACAAGGUACUUACAGCCCAAAUUCGCGAGUCGCCCUGAACCAGCGCCGGUAUUCUCUGGAGCUUCAGCAGCUUGUGAGAAGGCAGCAGCUCCUUGCCCAACCCCCACUGUCUUCCAUGCCGCCUCCAUACCCAACACCUAGCCCAGUCACCCGCUCAGGUUCUGCAGAACCAAGCUUUCUGCCUGAACCAGAACGCCACAAACGCCUCUCCCUGCAGGAGGCACUGUUCUACAAGCGCUGGAGCUCUGGAGGAGAGCCAUGGGACAGCGGCAGGCCAGCAUCACUUUCACAUCCUCCAGUGAGGAGCCAUGAAGGUGCUGGGGCUACCUGCCUCUUUCCUUCUGGACCAGCACUGAGCCCCUGCUCCUCCUUUAGCCUGCAGGAGUCAGUGUUAGCCAGCCCACGCUCAAGCUUUGCCAGCAGCACAGCUAGUGGAGGAGGUGGUGGUGGUGGUGGUGGUGGAGGAGGGGGCACAAGCGGAAGUCCUAUCGGUAGCCCGUGCAGCAGCAACCGCACCAGCGGCAUUAGCCUUGGCUACGACAGUCGCCACGUGUCUGGCCCUGCCCAGCCGCUGCACUUCUCCUCCACACAGCUAGGUGGCACCACCACUGGGCAUGUGUACCCAACAUCUGGCCCUGGGAAAGCACCCCCAAUAGAGGUGUGGAGGGACUAUCUAGAACGAACAUCAGGGAUCGGAGGAGGUUUUCAAGAUGGCCGCCACUCAUACCCACCAGCGGGCAGUUCCCCAGCAGCAACAGAGUGGUGGAGUGGCACAGAGCAACGGGGACCAAGGACAGAGAGCACAGGGGAGCGGAUGAGGCACUCAGACCUGCCAGGUACCCACUACCAGCAGGAGCUGACCCGCCUCCUACUGAGGGACAUGACAUUGGAGGGAGAAGAGCAGUUGGGAGGACUAGCCUUGAGGGAGCAGCCUCUGUCCACCUCUGCACCUCCUGCAGCCAAUGUAUCUGUGGCUCUGAAACCUCAGGAGGAACAGGUGUCUCUGAGGGAACCACCAUCAGCCCUGGACCGGCAAGAAUUUUUUGGAACAUGUGUGAAGUGUGGAAAAGGUGUGUAUGGUGCAGAUAAUGCUUGCCAGGCUCUGGACAGUCUGUAUCACACUCGCUGCUUCACCUGUGUGUCCUGCGGUCGCACACUUAGAAACAAGGAUUUCUACAAUGUUGGUGGAUCAGUGUACUGUAAGGAGGAUUACAUGUUUUCUGGCUUCCAGGCAGCAGCAGAAAAAUGCUGUGUGUGUGGCCAUCUGAUCCUGGAGCAGAUUCUGCAAGCCCUGGGGAACUCGUAUCACCCGGGCUGUUUCCGCUGUACGGUCUGCUCCAAGACGCUGGAUGGCGUGCCUUUCACAGUGGACUACCUCAAUAACGUCUACUGCGUUGCAGACUACAACAGGACAUUCGCUCCUAAAUGCGCUGCCUGUUUACAACCUAUUUUACCUGCUGAGGGCAGUGAGGAGAUUCUCAGGGUGGUAUCCAUGAACAAAGACUAUCACUUUGAGUGCUAUCACUGUGAGGAGUGUGGGAAGCAGCUCUCUGAUAAACCAGGCUCUCAGUGCUUCCCCCUGGACUCCCACCUCCUCUGCCACUCCUGUCACAUGAGCAGGGUGUGCGCCUCUCACAACCUUCCCCCACACAACACACACUAAAUGUGGGGACCAUUCUGUUGGACCAAUACACUGCUUUGUAAUAUGUAUGCAUAUUUGUGACCAAGAUUAUUUGUCACUGUCUUUUAAAGUAUUUGCUCUUUUCUUGUUCUUUUCCAUCACCUGCACACACAUGCUUCAGAUUGCAACACUGAAAAGAGGUAGUGUGAUGUUAUUGACUGAUUUUUCAAACUUGAGGUCCUACAUUUCAAGUGUGGAACUAGAGGGAUGUGUGCCCCUCUAGUGGCCAGUAAGUUCACAGACAGAAUCCUGCUGACUAAACUUUCGGUACAAGGUUUGAUCACUGUUGUCAACCUUACUAAGUUAUUAGGGCAUAUGAAAUAUCAUGUUGAGCUACUGUUUAUAUUCUCAUAUCUGCUGUAGAAAAAAAUACAAGGGACUUAUUCUUAACUUUUUAAAAAAAAUAUUUAAUAUCACUAGCAAAGGUUUUGCACUUAAAUGAACAUGUUUACCUUUUAAGAGAUUUUUUUUUUAAAAGAAAUGUUUCUGCAAAAGAGUAAAAACAUUCCUGUAUCUGUCUUUAUUAAUAAACUUCUUUCUAUCUCAGUUUUGAGUCUUAUUUUUGCUGUGAUAUGUAAAACACUUUGUCCCACCACAAGGAUAGGAAACUUUUUAGUUUGUAUUAGCAUUUUACCUUAUGAAUCCAGCACAAUUCUUUUUUUCUUUUCUUUUUUUUUUAAAGGGCCAUUUAUCUUUUUUUAAGCCUGGGUGUUAGUGUUUAGCCAGAGGUUUGUUUCUGUAUGUCCACUGUUGUAUUCCAAAAACACUACUUGUUAAGGGAAAAUUAAGAUGCUGUCAACUUUUUUUUUUUAAUAAACCCAGGUCAAGUCAGUCACUGUGUCA